GCGUAUUUACCAAUUUUUUAUCGAUAAAGUUGAUUGUUUCCUUAAUAAACUGUCGAAAGAUCGUAAAUCAGUAUUAAAUUGUAUUGAAAAUAUAAUUGUUAUGUCUAAAACAAGUUAGCAUUCAGGCAAUUCACUUUCCCAACUCGGUGCGCAGCAGCCAUGUGUGAAUAGUUAUUAGAACCGUUAGGAAUUUAGGAUGCUGCCGGGCAUCGGAGUCUUCGGGACUGGCUCAGUCGCCAAGGUGCUUGUGCCAUUUUUGAGAGAAAAAGGAUUCGUCGUCGAAGCAAUAUGGGGAGUCACGCUGCAAGAAGCCGAGGCUGUUGCUAAAGAACUCAAAAUACCGUUCUUCACUAACAAAAUCGAUGAUGUCCUUUUAAAGAAGAAUGUAAAUCUUGUGUUCAUUGUUUGUGCUCCAAACUUACACGCUCAGAUUUCUGUAAAGGCCUUAGGGAUCGGUAAGCAUGUGGUGUGCGACAAACCGGCUGGGCUUUGUCAAGCUGAGGCUCUUAAAAUGGUGCGCGCCGCCCAGUACUACCCCACUCUGAUAUCAAUUAUCAAUCAUUCACUGCGAUUCUUGCCUGCGUUCAGCCAUAUGAGGAAAUGUAUCCAGGAUGGUUAUCUUGGAAGUCCAGAUGAACUAACUCUGAUGGAUGUAAGAGUACAAAUGGGCUCAUUAUUAGGAGACACAUACAACUGGUUGUGUGAUGAUACUAUGGGAGGUGGUACACUAACAUUAGUCGGCAGUCAUGUAAUAGACUUAGUUACAUUUUUAACUGGACAGAAAGUUGUUAAAGUACAUGGAGUGUUGAGAACAUUUGUUGAGGAGACAACCAAAGUUAAUGGCAUCAGAAAAAUAACAGCUCCUGACUUCUGCACAUUCCAACUGCAAAUGGAUAAAGGUUUGUUAGUGACGGCCACUCUCAACAACCACUUGCCGGGGCCCUGCUUCAACCAAGAGAUAUACAUGUGUAGUAAGAAGGGUUAUUUGGUUGUCCGAGGUGGGGACUUACAUGGCAGACUGCACAAACCUAAUUCAAUGAAAAUAGAGGAGGAGAGCAAGAGAGGCCAUGAGAAGGAGGAGGUCAUUUAUGUUGAUGUGGAAGACCUGAGUUGUGCGUCUAGUGUUAUUCCUAAGCCUUAUAUAAAAGGCUUAUGUAAAAUGAUUAGUGCUUUAAAAGAAGCCUUCUUGCCUGUGAAAGAGCAAAUGGAUUGGAUAAAGGAGCCUGUGAGAGCUGCUGCUACAUUCGAGGACGGGCAGAGGGUGCAGGCGGCAAUGGAAGCGCUCCGCCAGUCAUGUGAAGAUGGCUGCUGGACGUCAGUGCAGUUGUUGACGGAGCCUCCAGAUCCCAACCCGGCUCUGUCAGCUGCAGUUCGCCGAACUGCUAUAUCUUUACAAUAGAUUGCUUUUAAAUCAAGUUUUGAUAUGCCAUUAUCAAGUACCUUAAUUACAUUGUAAGCAUAUUAUUUGUUAAUGUCGGUUAAUGUGUAUUGUUCCAUGUAUUAUUAUGCCUGUUAAUUUGAAAUGGUUAAAAGGUAAUAUUUGCCUAUCUUGCAUUCAGUAUUCUUCAUUGCUUUUUCAAAUGUCUUCUAAGGUAUUAUUUUGCAGUUAGUUAUACACAGUAUUAUAAUGAUGAAAAUGAUAAUUUUAUGUCCAAUUGUAGUCAUUUAAUGUAGUAAAUUACUAGUUUGCAAGCUUAAGUAAAACAUGAUAAGUUAUAAAAAAAUAUUGUUAGGUAACAAUCAAGUAAAAAAUAAAUUGUGGCAGUGAUGAAGUUGUUGCUUUUAAAAAAAAAAUUUUUUUGGAGCUUGCCCAUUUGUAAGAAAUACACAAAGUUGUUAUUUCAGAAAAAAAAUUAAAAUAAAUGAAGCCAGUUUAAGUUUAUGGUCUGCACUUGGAUCUGGAUACAUAAAUAAAAAUGCCUGUAUUUUGUAAUUAUUAACUAAGUAUUCAUUUGAAUUCUCAUUAUUUAGCAUGCUAUGAACUACCUUGAUAAAAGUUAACAUUAUUUGAAUUAUUUUGAACAGAUGUAUUCACUGUGAUAAAAUUAUACUUGUGUCUAACUUA